GAGUUGACGUCACCCUACCGACAGAUGUCUUGGAUCCGAGAAGGAGAACUAAGCUUUCUUGAAAGGCUCUCUGCCAACAUCCUAAAGGCAGGGCCGAUGCCCAGACAUGUGGCCUUCAUUAUGGAUGGGAACAGACGUUAUGCACGUAAGAGACACGUGGAAAGACAGGAGGGCCACACUCAGGGCUUCGAUAAGCUGGCUGAAACGCUUCGCUGGUGUCUAAAGCUGGGCAUCCACGAGGUAACGGUGUAUGCCUUCAGCAUAGAGAACUUCAAACGAUCCAAAGAGGAAGUGGACGGCCUGAUGGAGCUGGCGAAAGACAAGUUCCUCCGGCUGCUUGAAGAGCAAAAGGAUCUUGAGAAGCACGGCGUGUGUAUUCGGGUGUUGGGAGACCUCACGUUACUGCCUGAAGAUCUCCAGAGGCUCAUUGCCAAAGCUGUGGUUUCGACUCGAGCACACAACAAGUGUUUUUUAAAUGUUUGCUUUGCGUAUACCUCAAGACAUGAAAUCGCAAACGCAGUCAGAGAGAUGGCUUGGGGAGCCGAGCAGAGCCUCAUCAAGUCCAGUGACGUGUCAGAAGCGCUGUUGAGUCAGUGCCUGUACACCAGCAGCUCUCCCAACCCCGAUCUCCUGAUUCGCACGUCUGGAGAGGUGCGCCUCAGCGACUUCUUGCUCUGGCAGACAUCCCACUCUUGCAUCGUGUUCCAGUCUGUCCUGUGGCCAGAAUACUCUUUUUGGAACCUCUGCGAGGCAGUUUUACAGUACCAGCUGAACUAUCGUUCUAUCCAGAAAGCACGGGAGCUGCACAGAGAGGCUGAAGCGGCGCAGCAGCUGGAGUCUGAUCGCUCGUGUGUCGCCGAACUUCUUCAGCAGGGUGGAAAUGGUAAACCCCUGGACGCCCGUUCCCGUCACGCAGCACUGCUGAGCUACAUCGCCAGCCGAGAGGAACGGGUCAACCGCUUCCUCAGUGCCCUUCAGCAAAAAAGAGACACUUUCUUCGAGCACAUGAACAGCCCACCUGCUGUAGCUUAAGCUUCUGUUUUAUGUAUUAAUGAUCCAGUCCUAGAGCGCUUUAACUGCUUCCGACAUGUCGGAUUCGGUUUGCCGGUUCGUCCCGAACCCCUUGAUGAGUUUAAUCGGUUGUAUUAGAUCAGAUCAGAGAAGCACUGUGUAGGGCUGUGGUGCUGGAUACAACAUGGCUGCCUGUGAAUGUGGUUCUAAAGCCAUGAGCAUGAAAAGAUUUUUAUAUUUCCAAAUUCGUAUAUAAUUUCACUGAUGAGGAUGGCUUACCCCGUUUUAUGGGGAAGUGAGGUAUUUAUAGUCGUCUCGGAGAUGGUUGUCAACAUUUAGAUACUUGAAACCAGUGUCCUGUUUCAAUGUCGUUGAGGUGUUUGAAUUACCAGAUGUCUAGCCCUAAAAGGUCAACUGUGUGUCAAAUCAUAUACUAGAACGUACUAUUAUAUUCCUGAUUAUUUUUAAUUAUCGUAACCAUCCAGUUUGUUCCUAUAUGAACAAAACGGAGUUCAGGUUUUAAAAAAAGUGGCUCAUGAUAAUGUGGAGCAAUCUUCUUUUGCACUAAGCUAUCCCGUCAUGUACCGCAGAAGGCCUUGGAGCAGAUAACAAGAUGGCCACCAUGGUCGGUUCUUUGAAUAUGGUGCAGAUUUUGUUUGUCUCAAAACUACUAAUUUCUGAAAGAAGAAACAAAGCUUGACGAGCCUUUUAAAACCCUCGAGUUGCCGUCGAAGAAGCGAGCGUGGUCGGGAGUCCAAGAGAGAUUAAUUGGCCAUGGUUGGGAGGGAUGACAUGCUAUCUCUCAGCUGUCAGUCAAAGUAACACUAGCCAAUCAUGAGUCUCUGUGAGCUCAUGUAUGUAGAAGAGGGUAGAUUGCACUUUUAACAACUGAGGUUGUUCCCCUGCCCUGUGAUGCAGCAUUUCGAAAAGGUGUAGUGGUUUCACAUGACAGAGGAAGUAUGUGUUCAAUUUCGCCAUCCCUGGUUAAUAGCCGCCAUGUGAUGGAGAACUAGUGCAUAGCAAUAUUGCAAAAAAUAAAAUCACAGGUUGUACAGUUGAAAUAACAUCAUUAUUACAGGUCUAGAAACACUUUUGUUGGUUAAGGUACCUAGUUAGAUUGAAUAUUUGAAUGUAAUGCAAAUUUCAUGAGCCCACUUUAAAAGUAUGGUCUAUGACCUAGGUUACAAUAUAAUACACUCGCCGCCCACUUUACUCGGAACACCCAUCCACCUUUUAUUGUUUUAUGCAGUUCUCUAAUCAGCCAAUCCCUUGACAGCAGCACAAUGCAGAUCCAAAUCAAAAGCGCCAAUUAACGUUCACAAUGUUCAAACAUCAGAAUGGGAAAAAUUUGUCAUCUCAAAGUGCGACUUUCUUUCACUGGGUGUUGGUUUGAACCAGACGAGUAUUUUUGGUUUGAGUAUUUCAGAAACUGCUGAUCUCCUGAGAUUUUCCACACACAGCAGUCUCUCGAGUUUAUACAGACAGAAUGGUGUGAAAAACAAAAAACACUGAGCGAGUGGGCGACAGUUCUGUGUGUGGAAACAAACGUCUUGUUGAUAAGAGAGGUCAGAGGAAAAUGGCCAGAUUGGUUCAAACUGCCAGGAAGGAUGUAGCAACUCUUUACAACCAUGGUGAGCAGAAAAGCAUCUCAGCAUGCAACAGCAGAAGACCACAUUGGGUUCCAGUCCUGCAACCAAGAACAGGAAUCUUAGAAUCUCAAACAAGUUCCUAUUAAAGUGGCCAGUGAGUGUAUAUUUACUUUCGGUGAUUUGAGACACAGGUAUUGACCAGGUUCACAGGAUACCACGGUGACACCAUUAGUGGAACCUUUGCUUAGUGAUUUUCUAAGCAAACUAGUGAUGCCACUUCCUGAAAGGGCUGGAGACUCUGGACUGCUUGAGAUUACUGUGACCAUAAGUGUAUUUAAAAUAAAUGUCUUACGAAAUAAAAGAUUUUAAAAAAUGAAA